CACACUGGAGACAAAUUCAGAGCAACAACUAUUCUACAAACAACAUCUUUGCUCGCAACUCGCAGUGGACCUCACAAACCCUGUUAAACAAGACAAGAGGAGCUGAGAUUUUUCAACACAAAGGUGCAAAUAAGGAAAAAACAUGAAAAAGGGAAAGCAGGUGAGUGAUGACAAUGAGCCCCCUACUUAUCAGGAGGCAACUGCAGGCUAUGGGGAGAUGGAGGCCCAGUUCGCCUGGGACGACAAGACCAUCAGACGGACCUUCAUCAGGAAGGUCUACGCCAUUCUCAUGGUUCAGCUGCUUGUGACUGUGGCAAUUGUUGCUCUCUUCUCAUUUUGGGCACCGGUGAGGUUUUUUAUUCAGACUCAUCCUAGCUUGUACAUGGCAUCUUAUCUCAUGUUCCUUGCCACCUACAUUGCACUGUCCUGCUGUGGAGAGCUGAGGAGGCAGUUUCCUUGGAAUAUCAUUUUGUUAGUUCUCUUUACUUUGAGCAUGGCCUUCAUGAUGGGAUUUGUGUCGAGCUUUUACAACACCAAAUCAGUGGUUCUGUGUCUGGGAAUCACAGCACUGGUGUGUCUUUCUGUCACCAUCUUCAGCUUCCAGAGCAAGAUUGACGUCACAUCCUGUCAGGGCGUCCUGUUUUCUUUGUGUAUGGUCAUGCUUCUCUGUGCCAUCACCAUCUCCAUUGUGGUCCCUUUCGGUUAUGUGCCCUGGUUGCAUGCCAUUUAUGCUGUGGCAGGAGCCAUCCUCUUCACUCUGUUCCUGGCAUUUGACACUCAGUUGCUGUUAGGGAACAAGCGCUACACCAUAAGUCCAGAGGAAUAUAUUUUUGCCACCCUUAGCAUCUACCUGGACAUUAUCUACCUGUUCAGCUUCCUGCUACAGAUCAUGGGAGGAGGGCGCGAGUAAAGCAUCUCCUCCACUUUUUCCCUGCAUACUGUAUAUCUGUCUCUCAGCUGCAAUAAUUGAACUCUCAACAAACUCAACAACCCACUUGGAUUUAUUACCCUCAUGAACAAGAUGACAUCACAAGUUUUUUUUUGUACAUGCAUCAAAACUCUGCAAGCAAAGUAAGAGCAAGCGGUUUGUUCUCUGCUUUUGGUUAUGUAAUCUUCUCUAUACAAUCCUGCCUGAUACCUUACUGUAGUUGUUCACUGUACUCUGGCCAUUCCUGUUGAUCUGUUUUUGUAUCCCUCUGAGGUACACUGUCACCCCACCAUCCUACAGUGUGUGUUUUAACACACACUGUAGGCUCAUAAGUGGCUAAAACACCAAAACCAGAGUUGAAUAUGAUCAGUUUCCUUGGCUGCAUUAAUGUGCAUAAAUGUAGCCCUUGAAGCUGAUGUACUUGCAUGAUUCUUGGGUUGUAUCCACAUGGUUGAAUGCACUUAUUGUAAGAUGCUUUGGAUAAAAGCAUCAGCUAAAUAAAUGUACUGUAAUCCAACAAUGAGCCAAAAAGGGAAGAUUCAGGAAAUCUGCACUUUCAAUACUGUUUCACAAGCUACGUACAAUAUAUACAGUUUGUUUUAUACUUGUUUUAAUGCACAUUAUCAAAGAUGACAAGUUUAAUAUUUUGCUUUAUGUGUGUAAAAUAUUUUCAUACUCAGUACAGCUCAGUUUGUGCAUGGAUGUUUUCUGGGGAAAUAUUGUAUGAGUGAAAUCUGAAUAAGGGGAUUUCAACUAACAUCAAGACUUUUGAAGCUAAGAUAUAACCAACCACAAAGGGAAAAUGUGUGUUUGUAGCAGCAUACACACUUUAACAACAUACUUUAGUUACUAGAGAUCAGUUGCAAUUUCUGUUGUAACUUUAAUGUGGCCUUUGGGAUGUGAUAGAAAAUUAUUAUUAUUAGAAAUGUUUUAACGGUAUAGUAAAUAAAACAAAACACACAUGGCAUGUUAAUAUAUUUAUUUUCUAAAGACAAGGAGCUGUGUCCAUAUGAUUGUGACAUUAUUCAAAUAAAACUGACACAUGAAAAGUA